AUGGCGCGCUGCGAAAGGCUUCGCGGCGCGGCCCUGCGCGACGUAGUGGGCCGGGCGCAGGGGGUACUGUUCGACUGCGACGGGGUGCUGUGGAACGGCGAGCGCGCAGUGCCGGGCGCCCCCGAGCUGCUGGAGAGACUGGCUCGGGCUGGCAAGGCGGCGCUCUUCGUAAGCAACAACAGCCGGCGCGCGCGGCCAGAGCUGGCCCUCCGCUUCGCACGUCUCGGCUUCGGGGGGCUGCGCUCCGAGCAGCUCUUCAGCUCUGCGCUGUGCGCCGCGCGCUUGCUGCGCCAGCGCCUUCUCGGAUCCCCGGACACGCAGGGCGCGGUGUUCGUGCUGGGCGGUGAAGGGCUGCGGGCCGAGCUGCGCGCCGCCGGGCUGCGCCUGGCGGGGGACCCCAGCGAGGACCCGGGCGCGGCCCCGCGCGUGCGCGCCGUGCUUGUGGGCUACGACGAGCACUUCUCCUUCGCCAAGCUGAGCGAGGCCUGCGCGCACUUGCGCGACCCCGACUGUCUGCUGGUGGCCACCGACCGCGACCCGUGGCACCCGCUCAGCGACGGCAGCCGGACCCCCGGCACCGGGAGCUUGGCUGCCGCCGUGGAAACAGCCUCGGGCCGCCAGGCCCUGGUGGUGGGCAAGCCCAGCCCCUACAUGUUCGAGUGCAUUACAGAGCACUUCAGCGUGGACCCCGGCCGCACGCUGAUGGUGGGCGACCGCCUGGAGACCGACAUCCUCUUCGGCCACCGCUGCGGCAUGACCACCGUGCUCACACUCACAGGCGUCUCCCGCCUGGAGGAGGCCCAGGCCUACCUGGCAGCUGGCCAGCACGACCUCGUGCCCCAUUACUACGUGGAGAGCAUCGCGGACUUGAUGGAGGGGUUGGAGGACUGA